AUGCCGACGCACAAAUUGGAAAGCCGCCUCCCUACCCACAAGUCAUGCGGGAAGACAUCCAGGGAUGCGGCUUCUGUGGAGGCAGAAGCAGAGAGGAGAAAAAACCGGCGAAUUGAGCACCAGGCGCUGCCCACAAGCUCGGGAAUCGAAGCGUCUAGGCUGUCCCAGACCAGCAAGGGUCAACAGCAGAGAAAAACUGACUGUGACGGUCCCCAGAUGGCCCUCACCUCUGCUGACCAGGGAGAAGGGACGAGCGACAACGGUGCAGGCUUACCUAGGAAGCAAGCUGCAUGCUCCGGAGAGGUCUUGGAGACGGCUGCUGGCGAAAAGCACGACGACGUAAAAAAGAUAUUGAAUUCCAGCUCCGCUGUUGGUGUCGGGCGGCCAACAGAGGAAACGCCGUCAGGCACUCAGACUGGCGUCACUCUCGAGCUUCAGCAGGUGCCGAAGAUGCUCGGGCUGGUGAAGCAUCUGAAUCCACAUUGUGUUUUCAUGUCCUUCAAGCUCGAGACGAAUGCGGAUACGCUUCACGGCAAAGCCCGCCGGUCUCUUCGUCUGUACAGUUGCGACAUGGUUGUCGCCAAUCUUCUUCAUUCAAGACAUCAGAGCGUCACAGUGUUUGUGAAUCCAGAUGACACAGCGCCGCCCCUCGAGAUCACCGCUGACGGGGGGGCCGGCUGUUUGGGAGAUAAAGAAGGAAGAGACGGUGCGAACGACUUGCUGGGUGCAGGCUCGAUUGAAGCCCAACUCGUUCAGUUGGUGAACCAGCUGCACGCAAGAGAGCAGCGCAAAAAGGCGCAGAUGUCCCACAGGCAAGACAUCUAG